AUGACCGAGGUCCUCGACGCACGGGCCUUGCUUACUCUCAUGGUUAAGAUGGAGGCGCACGGUUUCGCUAAACACUCACCCGUCCCAACUCCAGCUUUUGAAGAAUCUCCGCUCUCGAACUUUAAGGCAAGGACAACGAAACUCGCCAUGACUUUGCCUCUCUUCAACAGAAGGCUGCCUCCCCUCUACACUGGAGUUCCACCGGGUGUGUCCAGCCUUUACUAUGCCAAAUUUUGUGCCAGAUUUCAGCGCCGUAUUUCUCCCCUUUCGUUCGUCACCAAGAAGGACCGGAGUGUGAAGGUGACCGGCCCGUAGGUACAGUUACUUCAGCUGCCCUCUGAGUCGCUCGAACAUUGUCCUACUAACUCAGUCCGCCUGACCUCAUUAGGGAAGCCUCUUCAUGUCGACCCAUCGUACCUCAACAAACCAGUUCCAGGAAUCCCCGUCGACACUCAUCACGUUAGCCUUUCCUGUCGUACUGAAAUCCACAUGAGUGCAUGAGCCUAUUGGCUGAGGGAAUAACCACCACUCAUAAGCAAGGGUAUGCUUUAUGCCCGGGGUCACUUUCUCCGGGGAGUAUUUGUGUUAAGCAAAAGAGCUUCAUAUCUAAGAACUUUGUGGUAUCCCAAAAUCUGAUCCUCUAUAUUGUCGCCAAUUAAAAGGUGAAGCCAUUUAUACCAUCUAAUAUAAAAACUAAAUGAAUUUAAUGCCCCUUUACAGGCAUUGUCAAAAUGGUACUGUAUUGUCGUAUUUCAUACUCCGAUGACUACCUUAAAUAAUUCUGAUCAACCUCACGCGACAGCCACUGAGAGGUCUCUGGCACGUACGAAUAAGUAUCGUCAGUUCUUUUCUUUUAGCACAAUCGCUCCCUAGAGAAAGUAGCCCCGGCCAUAAAUCAUACCCUUUCCAAAGCUCGUAAUGGGCCGCCAAGACGGCGCAAAUCAUUUCUCAGAGUCCUGUCGCUUCAACGCCACGUGCUUCCACUGAACGUAAUGACUUUUUUCGCAAUGAAUCAAAAAGGACGUCCGAAAAGUAGGACUUUUAAGAUGCAGUGGUCUGUGGAAUCAAAUGACCUAUCAGGCGUAUUUCGGAGGUUGUAUCACUUAUACCUGCAAGCGCCCUGGAAGUGAGACCUUCUCAGGCAGAAUGGGUCUCUAACUUAAAUUAUCUACGAGCAGGUGUGCAUGCGUGGACGAAAUUCGAGCUCUCCUCAUGUCCUGUGAUAAUAAUUACCACGGCCACGUCUGCGCACUCCCAUGCCUUUCUCCAGUAGAAGGCGUUAAUUUGAAUGAUGAACUUUCACCUUAGCGGCCUUCGCCAAAUGCAAACUGGAUUUCUCGGUUCUUGUCAAGUAGGCGAAGGUAGGAUUUAUAUAAAAACACUAUGCUUAACCUAGCCCUUUCAGUCUGUUUGAAAAUAUGUGCAUACCUGACCUUAAAGCACAGUGCUUACACGAAACUACGAGGGCUUAUUCGACCACGCCCGAAAUUUCUAGCCAUGUGCAUGUAUUUUUUGACGCAGGCGCGAGAUAUCAGACUAAGAAUUUGCGAAAGUGAGCUCCGAAGUUGUAUAGGGAUUUUUUUCUAUGCGGCUUGCUCUCAACCGCCGAGUAAUUUACAAGAAGACUGUAGAGAGUAUUAUCCUUUGAGAGGGCAGUUAAAGGUGCAUCUAUAAUCAUCGAACAAAGCACGGACAGUUAAGACGGGUCAAAUUACAAUUUGACGUAGAUAAGUUGUUAGUGGCCUUCGAGGGAGUAAUCGGAAGUGUUACGGAACUCACUCUCUCUCUCUCUCUCUCUCCCUGGAGCCCAACCAGUAACAGCACAGCGGUGGAUGCGAUAGGCAGAACAGCAUUACCGACAAAGACAAGGGAGUCUGGAAUGGCCAUUUCUGGCUUAUUAGCCGUCGACAGCCAGUCAUACCCAACUCCGAAGUAUGUAACACCAUUGUAUAUUCCCGAUCGCAACCGACAGGACAACGAGCCCGUGAAACAGUGAUUAGGGGUGUUGGAUUUCUAACCAACAGGUGGCAGGAUCGAGUCCCAGGUGUUCCACGCUUCGGGCUUGGGUAUGACUGGCUGACGUCGGCUAAUAAACCAGACAUGGUCCUUCCAGUCUCCCUUGUCUUUGUCGGUAAUGCUGUUCUGCCUAUCUCAUGGAAUAUAUGUAUACAUUAUAGGCAAAGACGACUACUAGCCGCUAUGCGACUGACUGUGAGGUUUCUAGUUUGAUCCCCGAGGCAGCACGAGACGAGCGCGUUCUGUAACCCUAACGGCGAGCGGACGGGAAUCUUCAGCAUCUACGUCAUGCUGAGGCAACUGCAACUGCGCUGAAGCGGUCACCUUAAGCGGAUGAACGAUGAGCGGCUACCCAUGGGUUCUCACUGACAAAAGCACAGGUUCGGCGCUACAAGGAUACCCUACAGAUCAACCCGGCUAAAUGGGAAGACCUCGCCCGGGACCGAGCGACCAGGUGGAGAACAGUGAAGACAGGCGCGGCCAUCCACGAAGCCAACCGCGUCACCGCCGCCAAAACCAAACGUGAGGCUCGCAGAUCCCAGCUGCGCCUACAUCGCACUGCCAACGCUCGACCGCCCCCCGUCCUGCCCACGAUGUCAGCGGACGUUCCGGGCACCAAUCGGUCUUAUUGGACAACUGCGAACCAACUGCAGCAUCCGGACGACACCACCCGAUGUCCCCGCGUCCACCUCUGCCUCGUCUCGCACUCCUGA